AUUAUUUUUCUAUAUUUCCCUCUCUCGACGGCUCUGUCAGUGUCAACGAUAUGUGAAGUGAUAUAGUCGUGUUUGUGUAACAAGACGUUGUUUGUUUUUGACAGACAAUUUGUGUGUUUAAUCGGAUUUAAAUUACGACAUAAUGCUGCUGCUAACCCUGGCGCUACUCAUCGCGGGGGCCUACUCCCAGAGCACGCCGCUGUCGCCCUGCCCCAACGUGUUCUCCUACGAGCCCCCGGGGUCGGAGCCCGGUCGCUGGUACGGAGUAGUCAACCUGAGCACUGAUAGCACGCUGCAUUCGCUGUGGUUGAAUGUCGUUUUGGACGCUAAGGCGGAUAUUCUGGGGAACUGGAUCGGAGACGUCACCACCUCCGACAACAUCGACUUCAAGAUCGAGAACACCCAGAUGAAGAUCCACCCGGGCCCGGCCACGGCCGUCCGGUUCUUCGUGCAGUACAACCAGCUCAACAAGGUGCCGCGGCUGCAGGCCAUCCGGCUGAACGGACGAGAGAUCUGUAAUGCUAAUAAUGGAGUGGCGACCAUUGAUCGCCAGGAGGUCGUGGAGACCAGGCCUGAAGUGACAACCUCAGGCAGAAGACCAGACACCCAGCGCCCGCCCACACGCCAAGAGACGAGACCACAAGACCGCCCCGUCAGCAGACCACAGGAGAGACCACAGGAGAGACCACAGGAUACCAGACCGCAGGAUAUCAGACCAGAAGACCGGCCGUCCACCCGGCCGGUGCAGGGCUCUCGCCCGGGGGACAGUGGCCCGGUCUACGUCCCCACUCAGAACCCCCCAAUAGACCAGAGCAACGCGAAUCCCUACAGCAUCGACAGCCACGCCCCGUCACAGAGCACGGGCACACAGACUGUGUCACGGCCACAGACCAUAGACUCUCGGCCGAAGCCCGACCCGUACCGCCCGCUCACCACCAGCCGGCCCAAGCCUUCCACCACCACCACGACACGGUACGACCAGGGGGACUUCGUGGAUGAACCGCAGCCUGACGACAGCGAGUACUUCUCCGGCGGCCUCAUCACCAUCGUGACGGGAGACAAGCGGCCCAGCGGCAACAACUUCUACGACAGACCUGAUAGGAACCAACAGAACGUGUGCGGCAAGGUGGUCCGCAACUCGAACCCCAACCCGCUGGUGGUGAAUGGGAAGCCGACCCUCGAGGGGCAGUGGCCCUGGCAGAUCGCACUCUACCAGACGCAGGUAAAGACAGUAGACAACAAGUACAUCUGCGGCGGAACCCUCGUGUCGCACCGGCACAUCGUGACGGCGGCGCACUGCGUGACGCGCAAGGGCUCCGCUCUGCCGUCCAACAGCAACACCAUGACCGUGUACCUGGGGAAACAUAACUUGAGGACCUCGGUGGAGGGCGUGCAGUUCAGAUUUGUGUCAAAGAUCCGCGUGCACCCGGCCUACAACGCGUCCUCGUUCGGCAGCGACCUGGCGGUGCUGGAGCUCCGCGAGGACGUGCAGUACACGGACUGGGUGCGCCCCGCGUGUCUCUGGCCGGAUUCACAGAUAGAUCUUAGUAAUGUCAUCGGGAAGAAGGGUUCGGUAGUAGGCUGGGGCUUCGACGACAAGGGCGUGGCCACCGAAGAGCUGACCCUCAUCGAGAUGCCGGUGGUGGACCAGGAGACCUGCCUGCGCUCCUACUCCGACUUCUUCUCCAGAUACACCUCGGAGUACACCUACUGCGCCGGGUAUAGGGACGGAUUGUACAAUAAACGUACCGGAACUAGGGAAAGUACAUCAGUCUGCAAUGGCGACAGCGGCGGCGGUAUGGUGUUCAACCUCCAAGGCACCUGGUACCUUCGAGGGCUGGUCUCCCUAUCAGUAGCCAGGCAGAACCAGUAUAGGUGUGACCCCACACAUUACGUGGUCUUCACUGAUUUGGCCAAGUUUAACUCUUGGAUUCAAAACGUCAUUGCUUAGAUUUUUUGUUGUACUGUACUCACAACACUAUACAUACUUAGAUCAGAUAUUACUGACAGUUUAGUAAGCGAAGUUUUCACUAGAUGGCGUUGUAUAGUAAAUAAGUUGUAGCUUUUAUUAGAUGGCGCUGUAAGCAGUGUCACGUUUGUGGCAAUUUAUUGAUAAGAGCGCGGUAAUAUUGUAUGAAUGUUUUUAAGGUUUUAAGUCCAAUGUCAAUGAAAGCCGAUAGGUAACAGAGUGUUGUGCCGGUAUUUAUGCAUUUCAUUUUAUGUAUAAGUCUAUAAUAUAAUUAGUGGUCAUAA